AUGGAUCGUGCCACGUGGAUGUACAAAUUACCACGGAUUGCACCUGAGUAUGUUAGUGGUGUUCAUGAGUUCAUUUCAUGUGCGGUUGAGAACCUAAAGAAGAAAGGCACCGAACAUGGCACAGAAGAAAUGAUCACAUGUCCUUGUCGCGACUGUUAUAAUUUAAAAAAGUAUCCCAGUGCCGAGACUGUACGUGAACAUUUAUUUCGGCGUGGUUUCAUGAAAGAUUAUACUAAGUGGAUCUGGCAUGGUGAAGGAAUACAAUCUAAAAGAACGGAGACAGUUAAUAGAAAAUUUGAAAGUUGCGGAUCUGGUAUGGAUACUAACAAAGAAGAUGACGUAGAAAAUGACAGGGUCCAUGAGAUGAUCGAAGAUGUUGAAGAUCUUCUAAUGCACCAGGCAGAAGUUCUUGGGCACUUGGUUGAUGACUCCACAAAACUUUUGUACCCUGGUUGCAGGGAUCAGUUUACCAGGCUGUCAACUACCCUUAAAUUGUGUAAGCUUAAAGUAAAGAAUGGGUGGAGCGACAAGAGUUUCACCGAGAUGCUAAAACUUCUGGCAGACAUUCUUCCUCCAGAUAACGAGCUUCCCACUUCCACCUAUGAGGCAAAGAAAAUAUUGUGUCCACUGGGUAUGAAUGUCAAAAAGAUACAUGCAUGUCCAAAUCAUUGUGUGUUGUUUCGCAAUGAGUAUGAACAUCUACACAUGUGUCCAAAGUGUGGAGCUUCCAGGUUCAAGCGGGAAGGGAAUAAUUCUUCUACUAACAACACGAAGAGGCCUCCGGUCAAGGUGUUGCGCUAUCUACCUAUAGUGGACCGAUUCAAACGACUCUUUGCAAAUGUAAAUGAUGCGAAGCUAUUGAGGUGGCAUGUUGAAGGAAGAAAAUCAGAUGGGAUGCUUCGACACCCAGCCGACUCACCACAAAGGAGAAACAUUGAUGGAAAGUUUCCGGAAUUUGGUGGAGAACUUAGAAACCUUCGACUUGGCCUUUGUGCUGAUGGCAUGUGUUAG